UCAUACUCAUAGAGGGUAGUCAACCCUUUGUUGGUGUGGGAGGCAUCAUCCACUUGUACACGUGGACAAGGCGUGAGAAGAUCAAGGGCAAGACAACAUGAUGGUAGUGCUUAGCAGAGGUGAGAGGAGGGGAGUUGGGUUCGGGAGAGAGGGUGAGAAGGAAGGAGUAGUGCUGAGAACAGUGAAGGAAGAUGCAUCGGGACUUGUAAGGCAACGGGGUUGCCUGUUGGAGAAUGAACAGGCGGGAAACAGGGAUGUGAUGCUGGAGGAACGGGAUAUAAGAAAUAAGGUAGGGGGUCAUGUAAAGAGGAGCAUAGACGCGGACGGGGCAGUUAUUGAGUGUGCAAUGCUCAUGGCUGAAGAGGCAUGCCCAGGUGGGAUGAUAGAAGAUGGGCAUGAGGAGCCAUCAUGCAGUGGUCAACAAGCUCAGGAAAGUCGAGAAGAUGCUGGUGGGGUUGGCAGUAGAGAUGCAGUUGAUGCAGUAGCUGAGAUAAGGGCAGUGGAGAAUCGUCCUGUAGGGAAUGCGGGGGUUCGAGUAGCACUCUCUGGAGAUACAAUGGAUGCUCCUGGAAUGGGCAAAGCGCUUCCUUCACAACAGGAAGGUGCUCAUGGUACAUCAUUGCCAGCAUGUGUUAGUGUUGAGGAGAGUGGUGAACUGAAAGCUCAGCUCCAUACCGGCGAUUUGAAAGAUUACAUGAAAGAGCGUCACGAUCUUGACAAGAAGGAAGAGGAUGAUGAUGCAAGUCCAUAUAGUCAGCUUCCUGCUGACUUGUCGAUGGAAGCAGUAGAGAUCAAUGGAGAAGGGAAUACAGUUCCGGAACAGAGUGUUGCAGAAGUGCCGUCCUCAGGGAUUCACGAUGGGAAUUUCUUCUCUGGGUGCAAUUUGGGCCCUGAGAACCCUGGUAGUGAUAGUGCUGUUGCAGCUGCUGUUGGUAGUUGUUAUUCAACCUGGGGGAAGCGGGUCGAGACGGGAAAGAUGAGGGCAAAUGUUUUGGCAGGUCCAAUUCAAGAGGGAACUGACGGAGUCCCGAAGAAUAGUCAAUCAGGAAUCGAGGGCAGAGCUGUCUUGGAAUGUCGAGGGAGAGGGUUGGGAGGAGCAGAUCACUCUGUUCCCGGACUGACAAUGGAGGAUCUGAACAGCCGAGCCUCGAGCAAGGACGUGGGGCCGAAGGAACUCCUAUGCACCUUUUUGAAGCAUGGCUGUUUAGAGAAAGACAGCUGUGUGGCUAUUGAAUCUGUUGAGGCAGGUGGCAUGGAUAACGGUGAGAAAGGGCGUGGUGAUAGGCCUUUCGGUGAUGGUGAUGGUAGCAAGACAGUAAACGUGGUUGGGGAGUCAAACAAGGGUCACACUUGCUCCGCAUUGGCCAAUGGGGCAGUUGCUGAUGGCAGUGAGCUGAAUACUGCUGGUUCUGUGGGGAGUGAUGUGAAAGGGGCAGGCAUGGCCAAGAGUGACAACAUGACAGAUGAAGUUAAGCAGCGGAAAAAUGGAUGUACGGAUCGAAAGGAUGAGAAUGACGAAGAGGCCGGAAAGCAGGUGAACUUUGGUCUGCUGAGACCAGUGCUUCCAGCCUUAGGGGAGUUGAGAGAUGGGAAAUACUCGAGCGCCGAGGAGGUGGAACGGGAGUGUAAUGCUACUUGCUCUGUCGUUCAUGGAUUCAAAGGAGCAAUGCCACAUGUGCAGACUUUAACUGGGAGGGAGACUGGCGAAGCGGGUCGCGGAGAAGAGAAUUCUGUGAGUGACAUGGAUGUUACCAAUGGCAGAGAAGGUGGUGGAGUUAACCUGGGAAACGAACUCAGUGAGAAGGCGCAUGGAGGAACAGUGGAACGCUCAGAGAUUUCGGGUAUGGUUGAUGUGACGGUUGUGGCCAUCGAAGAGGAAGGUAUUCAGGAGUCUGAGCGAAGGGUGAAAAGCACAGGCCAUGAGGAAUGUUCCAGCGCUCUUCUGUCAGAAGUUGGGCCUCAAGUUUGCGUUCCCGGCGCAAAUGAAAAGGCGGGUCAGGACUGUUCUGAAGAACCUGGACCUGGAGUGAAGUUCUCAUUUGCCACAACAACAGGAAUGGAGGUGGCUGAACCCAAAGGUGCCGUUUGCAUGGUCGAACGUGCAAGCGGAAGCAGGCAGCAGCAAGCCAUUGUCUGCAAGGUUGAUGUCGAUUUGGUUCACGCUGUUGACGUACCAAAAAACCAGAAUGGCAAGGGCGGUUUAUCAGAUGACAACCCUAAAGGGGGCACGAGGAAUGGAGCCACCGAGAGCUCCAGGGUCCAGCCGAGUUCAACCAUGGGUAGUGAGACCCCAGGACAACGUCUUGGUGGUGACGAUUUGCAGCCUGACUCGGUGUUGGCACCUCCUGGAACGUUUCUGGCUGUUCCUGAACAACCUUUGAUUGCUGCGGAGACACUGGCCGGUAACGCUGGAGUGUUGAGUACUAACCCUGUACUUCUUCUGCACCUCCCAUUGGCUGACUUGCCUCGAAGAGAAGGAGAAUGCGUAUCAGGAACUACGACAGAGAAUGGAGGGGUGGAGAAGAUCACACAAGCAGUUGAAAACGUGGCAACUGGCAGUGCCGGUACUGCAACAAGCGAUGGUGGUGGCAGGGAGCAGCAAGGGCCUGCUUUGAUCCAAACUGUUGCUGUUGAUGAGGACGGCUUGUCAGUGCAGACUGUGGACUGUGGGAUUUUGCGUCCGGAUUGUGAAGCUGUUCUGCCAGGUGCUUCUGGAGAAGGGGUUGGGCCUUCACCCUCUUCAACGGAUGCUGAUUCUCUUGGUGGAAAGGUGACUGCAAUCGUCGAUCUUGUGCCGGCUGAUGGCGCUCCAGGUUCUGCGAGUGCAGUAUUAUUGCAGCCUUGCAUCGGCACUCAGCAAACGGAGACGAGCCUUGGCCAUGGGAACGGCCUUGCCAGGCGUGGCAGCUGCCCUGAGGAGGGCAAUCAAGAUGCUGAAGGUAUGAAAGGUCAGGAGAUAUCAGUGGAGAAGUGUAGUGAUGGCAUGGUUUCCACUUGUGAUGGUGGCCGGCUGAAGGAGGAGGCAUUGACUUGUCUACCUCAGGGUCCAGUGCUCGUCUCCGAGUGUGGGGUUGUCCACCCUUUGCCCCGCUGUGAAUCACUAGGUGUGAUGAGUGAUCUGAAUCAGGACUUGACAUCACUCCUUCGGCCUGAGGCCGAGUUACCCCAGAAUGACUCCAUUCUUAUCUAUUUUGACCAAAGCAAUCCGGGUCCUGAUACAGACGUCUUAUCUCUACCGAACGUGGGGACUGGCUCUGACAAUCCAUGCGCACCUAGUGCAAUGCAUGUGGACAGUAAUACCUCGGCGGGAGGAUCUUCGUGGCAUGCUGGCUCAGUCCACUCUGCCCAGGCAACAGCCCCAGGCAUUCCUACGAGCAGUGGACGAACUAUCCCGCCGGUCAGUAUGGCUUCUUCACACGAGGUUCCAGAGCGGGGCGACAGAGUGUCAGCGGGACGACGCUUGUUGGCUGGUGGAAAGCAUGGUCCGGAUGGUAGCAACCCUCCCGUCUCUGCCCUAACACAACUGGUACCAAAGUUGGUUCCAGGGAGACAGUCUUCACUCAUUCUCAGGUCUAAUGUGUAUAACAUUGCUGCUGCCAGUAAGGCGGCUUUCUCAGGCAUGAUUCCUACACCCGGGUUCAAUCCAUCCCUUUCAGGUGAUGGGGCAUCGGAAGAAAUUCUCCCGGAGCCCAAGCCUCACCUGACACUACAUGUUGUCCCACAUCUCUCCUCCAAUUUGGCUCAAGGGGCCCAAUCCCCAUCGCAGACAGUCCGUGCAACUGGCCACCCUUUGUCUCCUUUCCCCAAUGCCUCGGCCAUUACGGAAACACGUGGUGCACCCAGCAGUGCAUUGAAACCUGCAGCUGAGACGCCACCAAGGGAUGCUCGCAACAGAAUCACCGGUAAAGCUGUAGCUCGGCGCUCUGUGCUGUCAUUAAAAGCUCGGGCAGCUGUGGAGCCCCCCAACAGCACCCAUCGACCGUUGCCUCAAUCAUUGCCAAGCAAGAGAAAGCAUCAGGGAGACAGUGGCUAUAGGGAGGGAUCAGGCAUUGCAAGCUCCUCAGGGGCCAUCCGUAGCCAAUCUGCAGCUGCUACUGAACUGCAUCCGUCUAAGGGGCCGGCAACAGCUAGAGUAGGGGGAACACAUGUGGCACCAAAGAGCCCAAGUGCCUCCAAUGCCAGAGGUGCCACCAACCAUUCAGAAGGACGACAACGGGAUUCUCUUGUCUCGCUGCAUGCACGCCGAUGUGAUGCUUCAGCGGCUGAUGGUGAAGAACAAGCGGCCAGCCUUUCAAAUGGACUACAACGGGAUUCUAUUGCCCAGUUGGAUGCACAUCGCUGUGAUGGAUCAGGGGCUGAUGGGAAAGGACAAGAGCUUGACCAGGAGGAAGCUGCAAGAGAGGCCAAAGCAAAGGAGCUGGCUGAAGUUGCAGCAAAAGCUCGCCAGCGGGCACGCCAAGCAACUAAAAUUGCCUCUGAAAAAGCCAGUCUGGCAGUUGCAGCAACCGCUAGAGCGGCCACAGCUGUCAAGCGAGCAGCAGAGUUGCUCUGCCAGAGUGUGCCUGCGGGCUCUCCUGUUCAUCUUCGAACUCGUAUGAACAGUAUUCUAGGCACCGCAGAGCGUUUGGCAAGAAGGCGGAAAGCAGGGGAUGGCAGAACUGAUGAUCAGUCGGCGAUGGGUGUUGCCAGUGCAGGGGAAUGCAGUGGAAGUGUUGUCACUGUUGCUGCUGCUGCUGAUGCUUGUGGUGGAGAUGUGAAGAGAAGGUCACCCCCCGAUACCAAGUUCAGGCCAGAUAGAGAGUUCAAAGUAGUGCGCGUGGGAGCGUCCAGUUCGCCGAGCAGAGUGGCAUCAGGAUCACACUCACCUGCUGCGACAGACCACCUCACAGAGUCUGCAACACAGGAUGGCAGCACUCUGAGAAAAUUGGACGUAUCCCAGCAUGUGGCGGGAAACAUUGCAUCUGCACAGAAGACUUCAACUUCAUCCGAACAGCUCAGCUUUGCAGUGGAACGGAAGUGGUCGAGUACUGCGCGAAGAGGGCGCAAACCCGUCAGAGCUCGAGGGUCGAACAAUCAUGAUUUGGUUCUGCAUUCGUCUGAUCGUCAGAUGAAUGACCGCCUACCUGGUGGAGUGGGCAUGGUGGCAGCCAUAAGCGGAAAGGAACGAGUUGGAGAACCUCCUCGAGGAGGAGGCAGAGAUCUGAGGCGAGCGAGAUUACGAGGAAAGGCACGAGGAUGGAGCCAUCGCAAGAAGUGUUCGGGCAUUGGACGUGUGAAGAAGAAGCAGGUUGGGAAACCUAAGAUCGACAAGACAGGCUUCCCUCAGGCAGCAGAAAAGGAAACCGACAAAGUCUUGCCUGGCCAGUUUCCCCUUGCCGGUGACCCAGGAAGUGUGGACCAAACAAAGCGUGCUCGUGCCACUUCUUGCAAGGUGAGAACAUCUGGCACAAGAGGUGGGGGAAGUGACAGGGGAAACAGAGGAGCGGAGCCUAUCGAAAGGUUGUCCAAAGAUGAAUGGGCAGGUGGGGAGAGGACUGGUCCUAAACGGCUUGCUAUGAUGGCUAAGACAGCGGCGUUGAAGGCGUGUGUUGUUGACAAGAAAGUCCGGCAAGUGGAAGCGUCAGCAUGCAAAAUGAGAAUUGAAGGUGUGGAUGGAGCCGAGGGUGUUUCCUCGGGACUGAUGAAAAAGUGCUCAGAACAGAAUGGCAAUGGGGGAAGUGAGGAAGCGAAGGCAAUUGUAGGGAGUAUGGCGUGCGUGAGGCGUGAAGCAAGGAGUAAGAGGAGAAGCAGGGCAAGGAGAGUGACAAAUGAUCAGGUAGCUGGGGAUGUUACGAGGGGCAGCACUGGCACAGCAGAGCUUUUAUAUGACUCAGCAGAUGCUGGUAGGACGGUGAAAGAGGAGAGAGUGAGGGGGGAUAAAGAUUGCCGUCCUGCGUAUUCAGCAGUUGAGCUCGCAUAUGAGGCAAGGAGAUCAGAUGGAGAGGGACCAAAUAUUGCCAAUGUUACCGUCGUAGAUGAUGGUGCAUGCGGUCAGGCUCCCCCCUUGAAGGUGUAUUUCAGGAGGAAAGCUGUGAAGAUGGAAGUAAGAUUUGAAGAUGGCUAUGAACAAAUGGAAUCUGACACCAUUCGUGAGCGCAGUAGCUGUGAAGCAUUAACUUGGGUUCGAUCUGUGCGGAACUCGAGUAGAAGCACAGCGGAAGGAGAGGAUGGAAUGCCUCCAGCCAAAACUGGAGGCACACACAGAGCCCCAUGCGCAGGUAGGGCGAAUCGUGGAGCUGUAGGGCAGGGUCCUGAAGAGGAAAAUGGAAAACCACCUGACACUCAUGGAGGGCCUCUGGAGUCUGGGGAAGGAUGGCAUGAAAAACAAACCAAGGUGAGGAAGAGAUUGAAAGCUGAUGGAGUUUCACAAGCACCCACUAGCGCGAAAGAGGGGCCUAUUCUUCCAGGAGGGUCUCAUCCUGAGCAAGAGGGCCUUCCCCUUGGCAAGGAGGACGUACAGCGGGAGGUAUGCCGCAGCAAGUGCUUUGGUGCUGGGAAUCUUGAAGUCGAGUUGAGUUCUCUGGGCAGGGAAGACGAAGAAAGAAGUCGGCCAAAGGCAAGAUUUAAACAGGAUGUCGGCAAUUUAACAAAACGGCAAGAGGCAGGGGCACGGAUGGAAGACCUGAGCGCUGAUGGAAAGGGCGAUCGCCAACUGGUUAUGGGUGCGGCAGGGAUGCUGGAGUGUGGUGACGGGUUCUUGGAUCUGGCCGUCGAUCUGACAUGCAGGGAGGAAGUGGAAGGGGUCAACUCUGAAGGUGUGGUCGGUUCUUCAUCUUUAGAAGUGCCACGUGAGGGCAUGCGGUACUGGAACCGGGAUGCUGAUGGCAUAACUGGCACAUCAGGAGUUGAUCUGAAUGGCUUCCUGCGGGAAGUGGAUGCGGAACAACAAGAGCAGCUUGAGAGAGAUGUCGAAGGGGAAGCAGGUGGCCCGGAGGAGCUCUUGAGGAGGAAAAGGGCGCAGAGGUGGAACUCUCUCAAAGAACUCCUCCAGCAAAAAUUUCAUUCACGUCCGAGGAAGAAGCACAAGUUGGAUGGGUUUGUGCCAUCACAGGAGCAGUGUGUUGGCAUAGGAGCAAUGAAGCCUCUGCCUCAGUUCGGACAUGCAAGGAAACGGUGAUGUCGGCAACACCUCUGAUCAAGCUUUGGGCCAAUGCACGUCCUAUUGAUGAUUCCGCUGAGCAGUGUGGGUGUACUUUUGCAUCGUCGCUAUCUAUUAGGAGCUGCCUCUCAAAGAGUCCUUCCUUGGAGUCAUGGCACAAUCCAUUAAACACCCUGGGUAGUGUUGAAGCCCAGCCCGCCUCGGUGUUUGAAGUUGAUCUGUUUACUGAGGCCAGGUGAUGGUUGCAGAUUUGUUGCCUUCCUAUUAAUGACAGACUGUCUGAGACAACAUGGAGUGUGUCUAUGCCAUCAUCAUCAUCAUGGCUGUUUGGGGGAUGAUAUUGUCGAAGCCCAGCGCGCCACGGUGUUUGAAGUUUAUCUGUUUACUGAGGCCAGGUGGUGGUUGCAGAUUUGUUGCCUUCCUAUUAAUUACAGGCUGUCUGACACAACAUUGAGUGUGCCUAUGCCAUCAUCAUGGCUGUUGGCGGAUGGCCACUCACACGUUGCCAAAGAGGAUUGCGAGCGUGGGUGCUCCUGAAUCGGCGGCUUCCCCCCCCCUCUGAAAUCGGCUGCAGUGAGAGGGUUUUCCACUGUCCGGAGUCGCAGUGGAGCUUUCUCUACUGAUGAAUGCUGCAAUAAGCUGCCAGGCACAAGGUUGCUGUUGCCACAAACGGGCCAUCGUUGGAAGUGCUUUGGGGUGCAAGUCAUGCCUUUGAAGGCUAACAGAGAUUGAGCUGUUUAGAGCAGAACUACUCCUUGCUUGCGGUUACGACCGGUCUGGGGGCCAGGAAGGAUUAUGCCAGUUGCAGUGUCUAGAGACUUCUGCUGAAGCUACAAGGUUAGUAGCUCACAGAUUGCUCGGGGAAGGCCGACACAUUAAUUAGGCUCGGACCCGCUCGGUGCAAAAGAAUCAAUCGGACUCCGUGUGUAUGUCAAGCCCUGAGAGAACAGUGCCCGUGUAAGAUGGAAUAUCCCACCCUUCUCUGUUCCCGGACUCUCUUCUUGGACUUUUCGUCAUCCAGUUUUUGUCAAAUGACCGGUUUUCAGGGGGGUGUUGCCCCCUAUUGCAGCUUAAGUAGUAUUCGGCAGAGGAGGGGUUUGUGCGUUCCCCUUCUAGUAACGGGCUGGGGAUUGGAUUCUGGCUAUUCUUUUUUUUUUUUUUUGUGGAUUCUGGCUAUUCUACCUCUUGCUGAAGGGAAGAGAACGUCUUCGGUCGUUGGUCUCCUAACAUGGCAUCAAUGGUUUCCAGCCAGCUGUAUUUGCGCUGUCUUUGGAGAACAUAUUCACACAAGAACUAGUGUGACCGCCGAAUGUGAGUGUAUAUAUACCUUUCAAGAUAGUCUUCAUAUGAGUUUUCGACAUUAUAGUACUCCAUACUUUGUUCAACGGUAGUGCGAUGUCGAGUGAGUUGGGCUCAGUUUUGCCUUGAGCCCUCACCAAGUCUGUUUCACCGCACAGAAGUUUGUGCGCCGGAUUGCUGUAGGCGAUCUGAGGAGCAAUCUCCUGCAGUAGCAGCAGCACGAGAAGCUUAAUUCCUGGGUCGGUGGAGGACGGGUAGGUGGUCGGAGGGGGGUGAAUACAAUGGUGCAAGAGGGGAUAGAAUCUGAUAGGUAUGAUUAUGGGAUUUUACCCAUGUUUCUAAUUUUCAUCGUCUUUUUAUUUUGCUGCUCAUGUCGUGCAAUGUUUGUAUUUCUACUCCAGUUCUUCAAGGCUUGUAGUCUGUCCAGUCCAGAGGGCAAAUGGAUGGGUAUGGGUGCUUCAGACGGGACUCGCAGAACCGUUCGACUUGCGGACGGAUUGAACCAUGUGCGUCUGGGAGAACACUCUUGUUGAAGUGUGCUCUGUUUUUCGCUUUUUGUAA